AAGUAACUAAGCCAGUAAUUCAGCGUGCAUGACUCAAAUCCAAAAUAUGGAGCAAAAUAAUGUAGACGGGAACUUGUCGCAGGUCCGGCAUGUUGUGUUGGUCCUGUCGGGGAAGGGAGGCGUGGGCAAGAGCACCAUCACCACAGAGCUAGCGCUGGCUCUCAGGCAUGCUGGCAAGAAGGUUGGCAUCCUGGACGUUGACCUGUGCGGGCCCAGCAUCCCCCGCAUGCUCAAUGUAGGCCGACCUGAUGUGCACCAGUGUGACUCGGGAUGGGUGCCGGUCUAUACUGAUGCCCAGAAGAGCCUCGCCCUCAUGUCCAUUGGCUUCCUGCUGGAGGACCCAGAUGAAGCAGUGGUGUGGAGGGGGCCCAAGAAAACCGCUAUGAUAGCCCAGUUUGUGUCAGAUGUAGCAUGGGGAGAGCUGGAUGUGCUGCUGGUGGACACACCACCAGGGACAUCGGAUGAACAUUUGGCGGUGCUGGAGAACCUUAAAAAACACAGAGUGGAUGGUGCUGUCCUGGUCACCACACCUCAGGUGGUCUCCACGGGGGAUGUGAGGAGAGAGAUCACCUUCUGUAAAAAGACAGGUGUACGGAUCCUGGGCAUCAUCGAGAACAUGAGCGGAUUUGUCUGUCCACACUGCUCAGAAUGCAGCAAUAUCUUCUCAAAAGGUGGAGGUGAAGAGUUGGCCAAGUUGACUGGAUCACCAUUCCUCGGUUCUGUGCCUCUGGAUCCUCUGCUCAGCACCAGCAUAGAGGGUAAAGACUUCAUCCAGUCGUUUCCAGACAGCGCCACUUUCAGUGCCAUCAGCAGCAUUUGUCAGACUCUGCUCAACAGCCUCCAAACAGCAUGAGCUGUGACUGUUUAUGAAGUCUGCAUCGCGUUUACAUGUUAGCACGUACGCUCUGUAUAAUGCCGAAAUGUUAGUCGUUGUGCAGAUAUAAUUAUGCUGAUUUGUGCGUUGCAUAUUUGUCCUGUACAGUUUAACACAAUAUAAAAACUAUUUACUGAUUCUUUGUUUUAUACUUUUUAUAUAAAGUCACCAUCUGCUGACAGUACAAUGCAGGCUUUGUGUGCAGUUCUUGAGGCGUCAACCACAGUGAAGAUCCCCAGCUGUCACCGCAGAGUGGAACAGGAAGACAAUACUUGGAAACAGCAACUCAGCUAAUUUCUUUUUACUACAGCUUUAGACACCAUUGUAUAUUAGAAUGUCACUAAAAUAUACAAUACUGAAGUGUUUGAAGACAGAACUAAGUUGGAAUCUUUAAUUUGAUUGUGACACAUCAGGAUAACUUCAAUAUCAGUGGUAAUACAGGAUUGUAGAUUGGUGCUUUAGUAGCAGCAGUUCCAUUUUCAGAAAACAAACUCCAGAUCUAAUUGGACCAGUCCAUGAAACUAGGCCGAACUUGAACACUAAUCUCACUGGAUUCCUGCUGCAUGCUACAAACGAUACCAUUGAGAGUUUUGCGUCAUGUAAACUUGAUUAGCUUGGUUUUUUUUGGAGGAAGAAUACACCACUAAACCAUCUCUUUGAUCUGGAUUAAGUCUCCUGAAACUAGCCUGCUCCUCAGCCUCAUAUCCAACAACAAAACACUGAAACCCAUGCAGGAUCCUAAUGGCUGGAAUGUGGAAGA